AAAAAGCUGAUGCCAUAUUUGAAAGGGUCCGUGCUCGGCCGGACUCUGGGUUUAAGGAAGCUGGUCCGCCCGGCAGUCGGAGCGGAGGGGGACUCGACGGCGCGAGCUUCAGGCGGCUGUGUGCGAGCUGCUGACGGACACCGAAAUAUCUCCACGACGGCUUCUCCUGGUACCUUCAAACAACGCAGCGAUGAGCACGGUGUUACCAUAACGGUCGUUUCGUGGCAUAUCCAGGUUUCAUGCUGGGCUGGAGGGAUUUACAUUAGAGGUAUGGAGGCUAACAGAGGUUCCUGCUUAGCGACUCCUCAAACUGGGGCUUGUUUUCUUCACGGAGGCGCAGUACCGGCUGUCGUGGGGUUUAACUGUGGACAUUGGGCUACACACGGGACAGGCUUAGACAGGGUUCAGGUGCCACAUUUGCCAUCCAGGAUCUACGGGGUCUGAUUGAACGAUGUGAUCGUGAUCGGAGGCAGCUGCACUCCAAUGGUCGAGGACCUCCCCUUACUUCACUAGAAUGUACUUGAUGAAUGUACCUCCUGUCGCAGCGACGCCUACAGAAUGGAGAGCAUGUGGCCCGCCAGGAGGCUAUAGCCUUCCGAUUGGCUUCAAUGACUCUGAUGCUGAGUUGUCCACCAGAGGCACACCUAUCUCAGACAAGGUCCAGAUGAUCAUAGAGAGCCUUAGGAGCUCCCAGUCCUCAUUCGAGAUGGGCGAUGAGAUUGAGGGAAACGUGCUGUCAGGACAGCAAGGUCAUGGGCAAGCCUGCAAGGUCGGAGUAGGUUCUUACAUGGGAGCCAAGUCCAAAACUAAAGGUCCCACCGAAAACCAACAGGGAAAAGUUUCCUAUCCCGUCAAACACGAGAGCAGUGACUCUGACAGCGAUGAUUCUGUGGACAGAGGAAUUGAGGAGGCAAUACUGGAAUAUCUGAAGGAAAAGGAUGAUCACAAACGCAAGGUGGAACCAUGUUUCACCUUUUUCCAAUCAUCUAAAAUUCCAAGGAAAAACCCACCUGUUCCUGAGAUUUCCAAACAGAACACUGACAGCAAUACAUUUUUGAUUGCUAGUAACCAGUUUCCCAAAAGUGUCAAAGCUGAGACUCCCACAGCGCCAGCUAUUGUACCGCUAAAGAAGUUGAUCAAACACAAAGACUCUCUAAAUGACAAUAGAAUUAGAAAAUUGGAUUCAGAUAAGAGUACAACCAAGAAUUUAGUCUUAUACAAAGACCAGGCAACUAGCCCCUCCAAAACAAUCAGUCUCUUGAACAAAGUAAAGUGUCCACUCACAUUUAAGGUUGAGGAAGACACGGAUGAUUCCAGUAGUGAUGAUGGCAUCGAGGAGGCAAUUCAAAGAUACCAGUUAGAGAAAAAAGAGCAGCAGAACAAAAGGGAUGCUUUCAUUCCACAUGCAUUCAAUGAGGAGUCUGACUCUACUAGUGAUGACGGGAUCGAAGAAGCUAUUCGCAGCUACCAGCUUGAGCAACUCAAGGAGAAGAGUGCCUUGAAAGCAUUCAUGCACAAGCAGAAACCCUUUAGUAAGUCAUUAAUGCACGCUGUUGGAAGUUCAAGCGCAGAAAACACUAAGAAACACAAACUGAGAAAGAAGAAGAUCAGAACAGUGAAAGAAGUGAAAUCUGUUAAAUCUCCCUCUUCUGUUUUCAUAUCCAAGGACAUGCUUUCAGACAGCUCGAAGGGUAAAGGAAAUGGAUUGCUUUUGUUUAAAGUAGAGAACGUCAAGGAGCAACCUGCCCCUACUCCUGCCCCACCAAAGGUAAAUACCACAGCAGAGCUCAUGUGUGCUGAGGCAAUACUGGACAUUUCAAAAACUGUUAUGCCUGGAGCCUUUCAUCAAAAUGUCGGCCUCAGCAGUUCUGUCCCCACUGAAUCUUCAUUGCUUCCUGACAGCUGCCCAGCUGAAGAAAGUGAUGGCAGCUCUAUUGAUAGUGAAGAUGGGAUAGAACAGGAAAUCAGGAAGUUUCUUGAGCAGAAGGCCCAAAUGCACAAACAGCCGCCCAGCUCUACUACGACUCACGAGCCUCCCAGUGUAAAUGAGCUGGAGGAAGUGAAAGCAACCCAAAAGAAACUUCCAAGAUUGUCUUUGACACAGAGGAGAAAACACAGGGCAGAAAACUGUAGCGUUUCCAACAUGUCAAAAACAGAAAACAAUAUAAAGGAAUCUUUACCUGAGCAUGGAAAAGACUCGAGCCCAUUGGUGUCUUCCCAUAGAAGUCAAACGCACUCAGUGGCUGGAUUACACAAGGGGGAGCAAGGUGGAGACAAAAGCAGCUCGCUUGACAGUGACGAGGACCUAGACAGCGCUAUAAAAGACCUGCUCCAGACAAAAAAGAAGUCAAAGAAAAAAACGAGGAACUUAAAGAGGAAAUCAAGGAAGCAACUUAAGAAUGAAGAACCAAUGCUGGUAAAUGCUUCGCCAACCAAAAAGUUCAAACCUGAUCUCAUUUCCAAACGUAGUGCUUUGAAAAAAGUAAAAAAGAGUAAGGAUGACAUGAAAGACAAGUCUGGGUUUACUAAAAUGAGUGUUUUACAACAUAAACAAAGUAAUAAGAGUGAAGAGCAUGAUGUACCUGAAAAUGAAACGGAGAAACUGAAAGCAGCUGAGGGUCAAGUUGCCCAGUUGUUGUGCAGUACUGAGAAUGCUGUUCAGAUAAAUGAAGACAGCAGUUCAGUAGACAGUGAUGAUAGCAUCGAGCAAGAGAUCAGAAGGUUCCUGGCUGAAAAGGCCAAAGUUUCCACUGCAGAGAAAAGUAAAGAUGGAGAUGUAUCAAAGAAUGGCACUGCCGCCGUUUGUACCCCACUUGAAGAUGAAGACAUUAAACAUGCUGAAAUUCCGAGAAAAAGUUUCAGUCCUCUCUCUGGACAGUCUCCUCUGACUAGACAGCCUCUUCCAGUGCCACAGAGCUCGCAGCCGGACAUCUCUGCUGUCGGUGCACAGUCACUCCUGACCUCAGUCCAGUCCAGUAGCCCCAGUCUUUUGGAGCCAGCAGACGGGGCAGGGGCUGCUAGAACUGAACAAAGGAGGCCCGUUGCUGGGAAAGGAGAUGUCCAGGAUGCCACCCCACAGAUGGAGAGAGUUCGGCCAGUUUUGAGUGCUGAUAGUGCUCACUCCCUCUCAGAGUCAAUUAAGUGGCGCCAGAGCCUUGGACUCCCCACGACUGACACGAGAACUCUCAGUCGAACUCCAUUUCAUAUCACCUCUUCUAAAAUCAGCAAGACUGCAUCAGCAACUCAACCAUUUCAAAGUGCGGUCAUCGCCCCCAAAUCACAGACUCCAGUCUCUGUUUGGUCCUCUGCGAGGACCAGCAGAGCUCAUUUCCCCUGCUCUGCAGAGACAGCUGUAAAUACUGCUUUCAGAUCCCCUGUUUUAAAUCUUUCAUCUACUGCCAGGCAGCAUCCAAGGUUGUCCUUUACACAAAGCCCUGCGCCUGGCCACAGGCCACAGUGCCCUGUAGAAGGAGAGACAGAGAGUAUGGUGCAUAUGCCCAAGGACAAGAGUGUGUUUGUCGAGCUGGAAUCUAACAGGACCAACCAUGUCCAGGUUCGAAGCAGGGAUUGGAGUGAGGGAAAGGAGAGGGUGGACUUGAUAAGUGAGAGAAAAAGAAAAGGCGAGAGCAUGAAGAUAGAAGCUAAAGAUGUACAUCUAGAAAGAACAGAGGAAGAAUGUAUAGAUGAGACAGAUGAUGAGUCAGGCGACAGGAAAAAUCCAGAGAAGAAGCAGGGCUUUUCCACACUGUCUUUGUCCAGUGCCAUUGACCCAGGCAUCACCUUCAGACCUUGCAUAGCUCUUACCACAGAGGAGAGAAGCACAAUGUUCAGCAGGAGGUACCAGAUAAAAAAAUGCCCAAAGGAUUUACCUUCUCUCAGUUGUGUUCCUGUGCGGAACAAGUCUGUGCAACAUGUCAAAAGAAAGCUUCAGUUCAUUCCCGUCAGCAGGAGAAAUGAAGCACCCAUCAACCAUAACACAACAGAAUAAAACUUCAUUCUGGAUAUGAAACAUGCAUGUAGAUAAUGUUGAAUGUCUGAAUAAUUCUCUGCACUUUGAGUGCUUGUUUACAUCAGGUUUGCUGUUUUGUUUAUGCAAGCUGGUGACAGUUUUCUGUUUAGGCUUUAAUUUUUUGAGUUGGAAUUUGAAAAAAAAAAUAACCUUUGUAAUUUUUUAAGUUAAUUUUUUAAGGAGAUCCUCUAAAACAUAUAAGAGUUAUAUGCAUUUUUUUCAUUUUUCAGACUUGGACCAAGAAGUAAAUCCUAAACCCUGGGAACUCUCAGUUAUCCUGUUAUUUGACUUUGCUACAUUUUCCUAUUGAUUUUUCUCCCCAGUGUUACUAGUGAAUAAAGCUAACUGUUCAAAGCGUUA